GCCGCGGAUUCAGUUGUUGUCCGGAAUCCACGAUGAUCACGGAAACUCUCCUGACGAUCUGCGCGGCGGUGUUCCUCUGCCUUUCGUAUCGAUAUGCAGUGGGUCGACCCUCCGGCUUUCCACCCGGUCCUCCAAAGAUUCCGCUUUUCGGCAGCUACCUCUUCAUGUUGAUCAUCAACUUUAAGUAUCUGCACAAGGCGGCUCUGACCCUCAGUCGGUGGUACAAGUCGGAUAUCAUUGGACUGCAUGUGGGUCCUUUUCCGGUGGCCGUUGUCCACAGUGCGGAUGGAGUGCGCGAGAUCCUCAAUAAUCAGGUGUUCGAUGGACGGCCGCAGCUUUUCGUGGCCGCCAUGCGCGAUCCCGGCCAAGAUGUGCGAGGGAUCUUUUUCCAGGAUGGCCCCCUGUGGAAGGAGCAACGUCGCUUCAUCCUGCGCUACUUAAGAGACUUUGGUUUCGGACGACGAUUCGACCAACUGGAGCUGGUCAUCCAGGAGCAGUUGAACGACAUGCUGGAUCUGAUCCGCAACGGUCCAAAGUAUCCGCAUGAGCACGAGAUGGUGAAAUCCGGAGGAUAUCGCGUGCUUCUGCCGCUGCUCUUUAAUCCCUUCUCGGCCAACGCUCACUUUUACAUUGUCUACAAUGAGUGCCUGAGUCGCGAGGAAAUGGGCAAAUUGGUGAAGCUCUGCCAGAUGGGCAUACAGUUCCAGCGGAAUGCGGACGACUACGGCAAAAUGUUGAGCAUUAUACCGUGGAUUCGGCACAUUUGGCCCGAAUGGAGUGGCUACAACAAGCUAAACGAGUCCAACCUAUUCGUGCGGCAGUUCUUUGCCGACUUUGUGGAUAAGUAUUUGGACAGCUACGAAGAGGGUGUGGAGCGCAACUUCAUGGAUGUCUACAUAGCUGAAAUGCGCCGAGGUCCGGGCUACGGUUUCAAUCGGGAUCAAUUGAUCAUGGGCCUGGUGGACUUCUCCUUUCCGGCCUUCACUGCCAUCGGAGUGCAGCUAUCGCUACUCGUCCAGUAUCUCAUGCUAUAUCCGGCAGUUCUGCGGCGGGUUCAGAACGAGAUCGACGAGGUGGUGGGAUGCGGACGAUUGCCCAACCUGGAGGAUCGCAAGAACUUGCCCUUCACGGAGGCCACCAUUCGCGAAGGUCUGCGCAUCGAGACGCUGGUUCCCUCGGAUGUCCCGCACAAGGCGCUGGAGGACACCGAAUUGCUGGGCUACCGGAUACCCAAGGACACCAUUGUCGUGCCCAGCCUGUAUGCCUUCCACUCGGACGCCCGUAUUUGGUCGGAUCCGGAGCAGUUCCGGCCGGAGAGAUUCCUGGACGCGGAUGGCAAGCUCUGCCUGAAACUGGAUGUCUCGCUGCCCUUUGGAGCGGGAAAACGGCUCUGUGCCGGCGAGACAUUUGCGCGCAACAUGCUCUUCCUGGUGACAGCGACCAUGUGCCAGCACUUUGACUUCGUCCUGGGCCCCAAUGAUCGGUUGCCCGAUCUCUCCCAGAACCUCAAUGGACUGAUUAUUUCGCCACCAGAUUUCUGGCUGCAACUACAGGAUCGGCAUUGAAAGUAGCCAAGAUAUUAGAGUUAUCUAUUUUUAAGACAAAGUAAUUUUACUGAUUACGUUAGCUAGUUUGCUUGGAUAUUUUUUGAGGAAUUUUAUUCCGUCACAUUUCAAAAAUAUUCUAGAAUUGCCCAAUACUAUUAUGUGAUGCACC